UCUGCUACUCCUUCCUCUGUCUCAAUCCUCCCAAAUCGUCUCAUAUACUGUGGUUGGAUGUCCUCUUCGAUCCUUUGGAUCCUCGUCUACCUCCGCUUUCCCACCCAGAAACGCCAUCACGAUGGCCUCAAACUCAAAGCCGCCGUAGAACAAGCUGUGGGGAGGUCGCUUCACUGGCGGCCUCAACCCCCUCAUGUAGCAGUACAACGAGAGCAUUCACUUUGACAAGCUCCUCCACAAGCAGGACAUCCUGGGCAGCAUCGCUUUCGCCCGCGCAAACUAAACCAGCGGCAUCCUGACCCAAUACAAGUUCGAGGAGAUCGAGAGGGCCUUUGUGAGGUCGAGAAGGAGUGGGAGGCUGGCGCAUUCAACCUCGUCCAGGGCGAUGAGGGUAUGGCUCCCACGACGAGCCCAUCAAGCUUGAGGGCCAACUGAUCAGCUUCCUCAAGUCCACGGCCACUCGCGCCGAGAUGGAGAUCGACUACAUCAUGCAUGGCUAUGUCCACCUCCAGCGCGCGCAGACAGUCCGCUGAAACCACUGGAUGCUCUCGUGCGCCAUGGCCUUCGCCAACGACCUCGAGCGCCUCCGCGAGGUCUUCAACCGGGUCAGCCGUAAGCCCCUGGGGUUCGGUGCCCUGGCCGGCAAUCCCUUCAUCAUCGACCGCGAGGCCAUAUCGGCGGAGCUUGGCUUCGAUGGCCUACUCUGGAAUUCGAUGGCCGAUGUUGCCGACCGCGAUUUCGUCACCGAGACGCUGCAGUGGGGCUUCAUCCUCAUGCAGCACAUCUCUGGCUGGCCCAAGGACCUGACUACUCCUCCCGCGAGUUCGGUUUGGCGCGCCUCGCCGACGCCUACUCCACUGGCAGCUCGUUGAUGCCCCAGAAGAAGAACCCCGACAGCCUGGAUGACGGUCAGCGACAGCAUCCAGAUCGCCGAGGGCGUCCUCGCGACACUGGACACGCAGACCGA